AUGAAAUGCGUACCCAAGCCAGUAACGUUAGAAUCUCUAAAGGUGAAGCAUCCAGCUGGAAAUGACGCUAAUCUGUCAAAUUCAUUCGGUUAUAACUCACUUUGUGCUGGUCCCAAAGUGAGUCUUAUAAGCGGCGUCAAAAAAAUUACAUGUAUUCUUAAAUUAAGGUAUGGGAAUAUUAAUAAACUGGGCACAGUAUUGCAUUACGUCAAUCAGGAUUAUGGAAUUAAAAUUGAUGUAGUCAAUACAGCCUAUCUCUAUUUUGGAAUGUCGAAAACAUCAUUUUCAUGGAAUACUGAAGAUAUGGAAUUAUACAGUAUAAAUUAUAUUCACGAAGGAAGCCCAAAGUCAUGGUAUGAAAUACCACCAGGACGGCGGUUUGAAAGAGUAGCUAAUAGCUUUUUUUCUGCAGACUUUUCGAUGUGUGCAGCAUAUUUUAGACAUAAAAUGUGUAUUAUAUCUCCACAAUCAUUAGCUAGUCACAAUGUUUCAUUUGACAAGAUAACACAAGAGAAAGGAGAGUUUAUAAUAACUUUUUCAUUUGGGUAUCAUGCUGGUUUCAACCAUAGUUUUAAUAUGGCUGAAUCCACAAACUUCGCAUCGCCCCGUUGA